CCCCCUCCCCCCGGGCAGCAGCGGCCCCUUUAAGGGCGGGGCCCCACCUACCAGGGCCGGAAGCGAAGAACGGCAAGUCAUCACGUGAGGGAGAGUUGAAGCGGAAGCGGCUGAUCUCUAGCUGUGCCCGCGGGUCGUGCAGCGUAGUCCGGCGGCCCGGGGAGCCGAAACCUGGUGAGGGGAGCGGCCCCUCCCCCCCCACUCCAGGAGCACGGGGCCCAACAUGGCGGAUGACCUGAAAAGAUUCCUCUACAAAAAGUUACCAAGCGUGGAAGGUCUCCAUGCCAUCGUGGUGUCAGACCGAGAUGGGGUGCCCGUGAUUAAAGUGGCCAACGACAGCGCCCCGGAACACGCCUUGAGGCCGGGCUUCCUGUCCACCUUCGCCCUGGCCACAGACCAGGGCAGCAAGCUGGGACUCUCGAAGAAUAAAAGCAUCAUCUGCUACUACAACACCUGCCAGGUGGUCCAGUUCAACCGUUUGCCCUUGGUGGUGAGUUUCAUAGCCGGCAGCAACGCCAACACCGGGCUGAUCGUAAGCCUGGAAAAGGAACUCGCCCCGCUGUUCGAAGAGCUGCGACAGGUCGUGGAAGUCUCUUAACCCGCCCGACGUCUCCGGAAGGCCCCCGGCGAAGAGACGAGGAAAUCCCCCCGAGAAGCUCCGCGCCCCGGAGACCCGCCGGCGCCGCUUUCCCCCCGUCCCGCUAAAGAACGAGCUCGUCCGAUCCGGGGCCGGACUGAUGGGCCGCCACGUCGGGGAGGUCGCGGGGGGCGAGACCCCGCGCCCUCACUCCCGCGGAGUCCGUUAGCUCGGCCGUCGAUCGGAAGCGAGCCGCCCUCCCCCCCCCCGGCUCCUCGUCGGAGCGGGAUUCCCACCUCCACGAGCCGGUUCCCCGGAGCCACCCGCCGCGUCCCCGGACACGCGGGCGGCCUUCCUCCGGCCUCCCGGGGAGUGCCCGUCCGCCCCGGGACGGUCACCACCCCCAGUUGGUACCGCGGUGGGACGCGGACGCGACAAUCAAGUUCGGCCGCUCGGGUUUCGGCGCCUCAGCGUUGGGGCGGGUAGGAGAGUCGUACGACACUCGAGCGGUCCCUUAUAAAUAAAUAAUAUAUAAUGAC